AUGGAGAAGUUUCUAAUUAGGAAUCCCGGAAUCAGACUUGAGUGGGGAACAUGCACCGACAUGGCAAAGGCUUACCUGAAAACAGGUUCAACGGAAAAGGCAUUAGCUAUGCUCCAUAGAACAGAGCAAUUGGUAGAUGCUGCAUCGAGGAAAUCAGCUUAUGAGGCUCUCAUGAUUCUCUACGGUGAAGUGAGAGAGAGAGAGGAAGUGUUUCGGAUUUGGGAGCUUCACAAGAACACGGAUCAGAGCAAUGAUGGAUAUCGCUGUGUGUUAAGUUCCCUCUUGACUCUAGGAGACACUGCGGGUGCAGAAGUGAUAUAUAGAGAGUGGGAGCUUGGAUGUCUUCCGUUCGAUGCUCGCAUCCCUAAUACUCUGGUUUCUGGAUACAACGACAUGGGAAUGGAGAGAAGACUGAGAAACUAA